AUGGAGCAGGGCGGGACGAGUCUCCGGCGCCCAUCCGGCCUGAUGGCGGACAUGCGGUCCGCGUCCUUCGACUACGAGUUCAUUGAGGGCGCCCGGCGCAGCUUCGCGCACGGCCUGGUCUCCCACCACGUGCUGGACGACAGGACGUACCCAUCUUCUGAGAGCGAGGACUCCGAUGCAAACGACCUUGCGGAACCGUUCAUCGAACACACACCCGGCCCGGGGCGGCCCGGGCGGAGGAAGGCGUCGGCCAAGUGGUCGCGCGGCUGGCGGUCGCUGUGGGGCCGGCUGGCGCGCGGCUGGCGGCUGUGGCUGGUGCUGGCGAUUGGGGUGGCGGUGAAGGCCACGCCGCCUCCGGCGGCGGUGACGCCCAAGGCCUGGGACCUGAUGGCCAUCUUCAGCGCCACCAUCGCGGCCAUCCUGAUCGAGGCCCUGCCCACGGGCGCGGCGGCCUUCCUGGGCCUGUGCGCCACCGUGGUCACGGGCUCGCUAUCCUUCGAACAGGCCUUCUCGGAGUUCUCUACGGAGGGCCCCUGGGUGGUGGCCACGUCGAUCUUCCUGGCGGGCGGCAUCAACAAGACGGGUCUGGGCAGGCGCCUGGCCUGCCUGCUGGUGUCGCUCUUCGGCUCCAGCACCCUGGGCCUGACCUACAGCCUGGUGUUCAGCGAGCUGCUGCUGGCGCCGGCCAUUCCCAGCGUGGCUGCGCGCGCGGGCGGCAUCAUGCUGCCCAUAUGCGUCUCCCUGGCGGAGGCCUGCGGCAGCGUGGUCGAGGACGGUACGGAACGUGAGCUGGGCGCCUACCUGAUCGUCACCCUCUACCAGACGUCUUCAGUAACGUCUUCGAUGUUCCUCACCGCCAGCAGCGCCAACCCACUCAGCCAGUCCCUCGGGUCACUCCUCGCCGACGCGGACAUAACCUGGCUCAAGUGGGCGGGCGGGGCGAUCCUGCCGGGCCUUGUGAACAUUACGCUCAUCCCCGUGCUCCUGUGGGCGCUGUACCCGCCCAAGCUGAAGCGCACGGCGGAGGCGCGCGAGCUGGCGCGGAUCGAGAUGCGGGCACUGGGGCCGAUGACCAAGGACGAGUGGGUGCUGGUGGUGGCGCUGCUGGGCACGGUCGUCUUGUGGGUGCUGGGCUCCUUUUUCAGCAUCUCGCUGGUGGCGUCGGCGGGCGUGGGCCUGGCGAUGCUGCUCCUGACGAACGUCAUCACGUGGGACGACUGCAUAUCCAACCAGGUGGCCUGGGACGCCUUCACGUGGAUCGCCGCGCUGGCAUCCAUGGCCGCCGCGCUCAACGACAUGGGCGUCCUGUCGCUGUUCUCGGACGCCGUGUCGGGGCUCGUGGACAGGAUGCACUCGCAGAUGGGCGACGUGGGGGAGACGUGGUGGGUGACCGUGGCCAUCCUCACCGUCCUGUACAUCUACACGCACUAUUUUUUCGCGGGGGCCGUUUCCCACGUGGCCGCCCUAUACCAGUCGUUCGUGGGGAUGGCGAUGGACGCCAAGUGCCCGCCUCUGCUGUCGGCGCUGCUGUUCGCCUACAACUCCAACAUCCUGGGCGGCCUGACGCACUACUCGCAGUCGCACUCGCCGAUGUUCUACUCCCGGGGCUACGUGCCCCUCAAGACCUUUCUGGGCCUGGGGUUGGUCGUCAGCGUCCUCAACAUCGCUGUGUGGCUCGGCGUGGGGGCCCUCUGGUGGAAGGUGCUGGGCCUGUACUGA